AUGCGUGUAUUCGGAGCUGUGAAGGCAAAGUAUGCAAUGAAAGUUGCUGAUCGCAUCUUUGAGAAUUCGACUCCUAUCUCCAAACCAGAAGCUACUUCCUGCUUUAUCCGAGCAUGGAACACAGUCAGUUUAGCCACAUUGAUAACUGCUUGGCGCAUUCCAUGUUCAAACCUAGAAAAUUUCGAUCAAGAAACUCUAGGAGCGCAAGCAGAUGAAAGCGAUGAUGAAAAUUCCUCUAGUGAUGGUGAAUUUGAGGAGGAUGAAGAGCCUUAUUCCGAUAAUGAAGAUGAUGAUGACGAUUACCAUCAAUAA